CCUUCAGGCUCCAACUGCAAGUGCAAACCCCGAGCAGGCGAAACAGGGCAACGCAGGUCUCAGACCCACUCUUGGCCGCCGGCUGGUUGUUGCGAGCGAGGAAGAGCGCGAGGAGGAAGUACAGAAGAAAGAUGAGGUGGGGCUUCACCGGCGGUGGAAGUACCGGCGGUUUGAUUAAGAAUGCGUUGGUUAGAUACUUCUCGAAAGAGCGCGCCGUCAACGUGAGGAAGAUAAACCCUAAGGUCCCUUUCCCGGAAGCUUUUGCGAUUUCCGAGUCACUGUACAACAUCAUCAAGCAGAAUGGCCCCCUCACCGUCCCCAAUACAUGGAACUUCGCUAAGGAAGCUAAUAUAAGUGGAUUGAACAGCAAAACACACAUGAAAAUCAUGCUGAAGUGGAUGAGGGGACGAAAGAUGUUGAAGCUGCUGUGCACCCAGGUUGGAUCCAACAAGAAGUUUAUGCACUGCACUCUACCUGAGGAACCGCAAAGUAAUCCGACUCCCGAUUCGGAUGGUUUGAGCCUUAGCACCAAGAAACCCAUCGUCAGGAAGCAGAAAAAGAAGCGCAUCUAGAUUGCAUUUGCACCAGCUCGAGGCCACCCCCAUUUCUUCUCACGGCUUGGAUGCAGAUGCUUUGAUCAUUGUUGGUUUGAACUGCCGCUCCCCAAUUUUGGCAGGGAAGGGCCAUGUCCAGUCCUCCUUGGUGGUAAAUUGGCUGCAAAUUCCCCGCCUUGAGAAUCUACUAGUAGUAUAAACAUCAUAUAAUAAGCACUUAUUUAUGACAAUGUAGGGCGUGGAUAUGUGUUGGGAUAUUUUGGUUAUGGGAGCAGUGUUUUAGUUGGGGUUGGAUUGCUUGGCCAGUAGGUCUGAUGUUUCUCAUAUUUUAUAUGGUUGUAUCCCGUCCCCCAUUGGAGUGGGUUUUUAGUUAAUUAGCUGCUAGUAGGGCAUGUGAAAAUAUUAGUUGCACAAGGAAGGGAAAAUAUGAGAUACUGUUGUCGAAUUUCCAGAGUUAAACUGUCCCUUUUUCUUGUCAAUUCUUCUGUUUCUGUCAAUCUUACUGCAAGUGACAGAGAGUGACUUAUGGAGGAAUGUUGUCAGUCUUCUAGAGUUGCAGUGCCUGCAACCUCUAGACAGAGAAGCUCGUUCCAAACCUUAAACUCUGCAAAUUUUGGGUCUUUGGGCUCUAUUGCAGUUGCAGAUGGAAGAAUAAGAAGAAAAAGUUACAACCAGGAUCAGAUAAUUACGAUGUCUCGUGCAUCAAUAAUUGGGGACACACAAUUAUGCAUUUAAUGAAACAAAACAAGAACGUUGAUAUCUCUGUCUUCCACUUGAAAUCAAAUGAUCCUUAUUGUAUUGUUGAGCUCGACUGAUCCCGGCCGGCUGUCAAACUCAUUAUCUUCUUGCACAUCUCUGUGUGUUACCAUUUGCCAUUUGGGCUGAACCCAUUUGAUAGCUUUGUUCUCCCGGGUAGGUCUUCCGAUGCUUAGAAUAAACAAUUACUUUUUUUCCUGUGAAGAGAUGAAUCGGAGUUUGUUGGUAGGCAGAACAAUAGGGUUGCCCAGUUGGUGGUAAGGAAGGCCCUAGAAUUGUCCGCUAGUGCUGUGCUAGGUUUUGAUUUUUGCGCUUGGUUUCGGUCGGAGUUGUAAACGUUUGAUCUAUUUUUCUCUUGGUAAUGCAAGCUAUCUUUGGUUAAAAAAAAUAAAGAAUCGGAGUCCGGCCGUCACGCAGGAAAUUAUUUCCACUGUUAGAGAACUCGUCGACAGUAUCGUGGCCUCUCCUCCGCCUCGUAGUUCUGCGGGUUAAUUGCAAUAGAUACCAUUUAAGUGUCAGCUUGGUUGCAAGUUAGCCACUUAAAUUUGUUUGGUUGCAACUAAAGCACUUAAGCCCUAUUUUUGUUCCAUUGUUAUCUUUUCCAUCCAAAAAGUUAAUGUCUAGUAUGAAAACGUAAUUUUCCAGCCAUACAAAUAUUGCAAGCUCGGUCUAAAUUACUGAUUCACAUAGUAAAAUAUUUCCAUCCAAAGAAGAUUAAACCAGAAAUCAAAAUAAAAUGAAGAAUUGACCUAGCUCUCUUCCACUCUUCUCCUAUUUCGUAAAAUUGAAAUUGAAAAAGAAAAUCUAAAGCUCAUCCUCUUUCGAAUGAAGAUAAAGCCCAAGG